UGACGAACAGACCUUAACUACGUGCAUAUCUGAUAUCUCGCACCUGCACGCGGCGGGGGAAAUGCAUUUCUUUUUUCUGGCACGCUAUAGGUACACACUUUUAUCUUAGGUACUCCCCCGCGUGUCCGAGUCUGCGCACUUACCGGACGGAAUUUUCCACAUAUCUACCCCUUUCUCUCGUCGAGGGUACGUACACAUACGUCCUCAUCAGAGGGCAGUUCAACGGACCACUUAUGCGACUGACAGUUCGCCGUCCUCGGCGUGAUUUUCCAGCUUUUCGCGGAGAAUGGCAAAAUGUGAGACUGUUAGUCAGGAUGCUAUAACAAGACUUGGAGCCAUGGGAGGGCAGAGUUAGCCAAAUUGAAGGGCAACUAGGGCAUCGAGGGAGAGAGCGCGAUGCCCCAUGCUCAGCUAGAGGUCACAGCAGCGAGUGCCUCUGCUCCGGACGAGGCCAGCAGCAGCAUCUACGACGCACCGCUGACUUCGUUCGCUGGUGUGUACCCCUGUCCCUUUCAUCCUUGCUCUGUAUCCUCUUACCUGCGCGACAGAUUAGAGCUGGAUAGCUUGCAGUCCUCUGCACCAAGUGCUACAGCCCUAGCUUGUUUUGUGCAUCACUCAAGCUCUGAUCCAUCAUAGGAUAGACCAUUCGUGUAUGGUUGGUCUGUCUCUAUACUCUAGUUUUUUUGAUUCCUAUGCUCUUAUUAUAUGUACACCAAGACCAGAGUCCAGAGCCUAGAACGAAUGAUUAGUUGAAUGCGCACACAGCACCUUGAUUUACUUGUUAAUAUUGGGCUUUGAGAAACUCAAUAUUUUUUUACUGCCAUUUUCUCCAUUCCACAUUCAUCGAUCAUGAGCCUGCGAUCUUUCCCUGAAAUGUGGUAUCAAAUUUUUCUAUGGGCACUGUUUUCGUCGAUUUUCGUCCACACGAUCGCUGCCGGUAUCUGCUUCGCCACGCUCCGAAAACACAAAUACGGAAAGUUCUUUCCGUUGCUGAUACUAACCAUGGGCGUAUUGAUGCCGCUGACCUCCGGGGUGGUAAGCUCGGCCGCAGUGGCCUUUGUCUACGGGUCGGCAGGCUAUCAGAUGGCCCCGCAGUACGCCUUGCUCUGGGGCAUCGGCCAGACCGUCCUCGCGGCCUGCGUCGGCUUCACCAGGAUCCUCGCGACCCUUUAAAUAAGAGAAGAAGACGACGAAAAAGAUGCGUAUGCACAAACUGAUUCGGUUGCCUUAUAAGCCCUAGUUGACGAUAUGAGGACGUCUCGUUCGCCGACUGAGCAAUAUUCUGGAGCACCUGUACAUAAGGGAGCUACUUGUUUUCUCUUUCAUUCGUCUAGCUGUCUAGAAAUAUUUUCUUAUCGAGCUUUCGCUUUAGUUUUUCACGUAUACUCUUUGUAAAUUUGUAAAAAAAGGUCGACUAUGAUUUGUAGGAAAGCUCUUCGAUUGUAAGAUGUAUUAUAGUUUUUUCAAAUGAGAGUUACGACUCCUUGUAAAUACCUGUAUUAGGCAAAUUCAUUUUUUCUAUGUAUCGAUAUAUUGCUCAGGAGGCAAAAUCAUGUCAUCGCUUAACGCGUAUAGUCCGACGUAGGAUGAACAGCUGCUUUCCCUAUACUUUCGUCACGUGAAGCGGCGUAAGAAAAUGCGUUUAUCGACGCAAAACAAACGCAGCAAAUAGAAAAUAAGCGAUUGAAAAAAAAUGAAAUGAUUGUAGAAGAACGUCACGGCAUUUCUCUUAGGGCGACUAGAUUCUUCUCUGUAAAUACGAUUGCGCGCGUGAAAACGCAGUCAACCAGCAGAUAUAUUCCACAUUCCUGUCAGCCAAAUCGAUGACGAGAAAAAAGUAGGCACAAAUCGCGCAAACAACCGAUUGCGUAUAAGUUACGUUAAGAGUUUCAUUGUCGUCGUAAGAUUGUAUCUCGCAUUUCUUUAAAUGAAAAAUUCCGUCGAGACAAAAGUGAAUGUAGUUUUCGAUGGGAUUUUUCGUCGCGCCCUUCUAAGCACUUACGCGAUCAGAUGACAUACCAAAGACUCGCUGCAAAAGAAAGACGAACGUUUAUCAUUUCAAUGGCAAUGAUAAACACUCGUAGAUUACCUGUAUCACUAUGCUUCGUUAUUUCGCCUCUUUCGUGUACCAUAUAGCUUUAAAUAUUUAAUCUUCCUAAAGAUUCAUGUCUAUACUUCAAUUGUUUUUACAAGUACAAUUGUACAUAUAAAUUUCUUUGUUCAUGAAAAUAAGAAACGUUAUCAAUAUUUUUCUAAUAUCCACUUGCUGUAGACUUGAUGUUAAUUUGGCCGACGCAAGAUGUAUAAAGCUGCGCAUUAAAGGUUGAUCAUUAUUGUUAUCGCGAAAUAACAUUGAUGUGCAUAAAUUCAUUGUAUUCGUGUAUUUACUUACUGUAGAAAGGAAUGUAUGUAUCUGUAAAUAUGAGUUGCAAAGUUUCAUUGUUGAUUAGUCACGCUUUUACUGGGUGAACGAGCCUUCGUAAUUAGGAAAUCGAUAAUUUAUAUACAUUUUUUAACAAAGUGUGUAAAAUAAAUGAAAAAAAGUGUUACACGGCGGUGCUACACAUACAUUUACACGAGAAAAAAAAACAGAACCAUACUUACACGAGAACUUUUGUUGUCGAAACAAUGAACAAUAUUUAAAAAUGUAAUAAAUGAAUUUACAGUUUGUACAAA